UCGGAAGGCUAUUUGCUAUCGCUGCCCCACGUGCUCUCGGUGCAGCCCGCCGGGAUCACAACCCUCACUCAGCCCAUAUAGGCUGCACUCCGCGCCUGGGGCCCCAUCGCGGUGCUGGUGUUGGUGUUGGUUGCGAGAGCUUGUGCAUAAGAAAUCAGGCCUCACUGGAGACUUUGAAGCAAAGGUUGGACAACUAAUUUUCCAGAACAGAAAGGAAACUCAUGCGUCAGAAAAGGUGACUAAGAAACAUACCAAAGAAAUAUGGCUGCACAAAUGCCAGAAACUGAUCAAAUAAAACAGUUUAAAGAAUUUCUUGGAACCUACAAUAAACUUACAGAAACAUGCUUUUUAGACUGUGUUAAAGACUUCACAACAAGAGAAGUUAAACCUGAAGAGACCACCUGUUCAGAACAUUGUUUACAGAAGUAUUUAAAAAUGACACAAAGAAUAUCCAUGAGAUUUCAGGAAUAUCACAUUCAGCAAAAUGAAGCACUGGCAGCCAAAGCAGGACUCCUUGGCCAACCACGGUAGAGAAGUCCUGAUCAGUAGACUUUGGAUGAGAGAUUGCCAUUAACUAUUGCACUGGAGAUGGGGGUUCGCCAUAGAGCCCCUGAAAGCUGUAGCCACAGUGCCAAACUGUCUGUCAUGUCUGUUUGGCAAAUGGAAACCCCUGGAGUAACAAAAUUGCUGUCUACCAGGAAUAAUCAAAAUAGAAGGUCUUAUUGUUUAUGGGAAAAAAGAUGAAAUAUUUGUUGAGGCCUUAAGAUUCAACAGCUUGGUCAUUUGAUUUGCAAAAUAAACCAUUGUUUCUUCAAUUGUGACUGUUAAUUUUAAAGCAAAUAUGUGUUCAAUCAUGUAUGAUAGAAAAAAGUUUUAUUACUAAAAGGAAAAUAAACAAAUAUCACUGA